AUGAACGCCGCACGCCCCCGACACAGUGUUCUUGUUCUUUUCGACCCUCUAUUGGCCGUUAGCGACCCAACCACCCCUCCCCGCAACAUAUCGUCUCCAGAUUCAGACAAGGAGAACGUCAACACCCUCACCGCGUUCUUUAAUCGCACUUACAAUUCAUCACAUCCCCAGCCUCCUCAGCUCAAAAAUCGUCUCAUUGAUGUAGGAAAUGCUACCCUAGAUGAAUCUUCUAUCAACGCCUCUCUCAUCGAAGAAGAUGGCCCCGAGGCUCACCUGAUCCACGACUCUGACGAUGACGAAAAUGACACAUUAACGUUCCGCCAUAUGACUGAAGCGGCCACCCCAAAGUGGCACUCUAGACCCACGCCUUCAGCAACCAGUAGCCCUUCCCCUUCAGCCCUUCGCACUCCAUUGGCCGACCUUCCUUUAGAACGCGAUGCAACUCCCCUCGCUCGUUCCAAAGUCUAUCGACGUCCAGUCGUGCCUCACUUGUCAAACCUAUCCCAAGUGCAACCAAUCACUUCUCAUGAGUCAUUUUCAGAGUCUGUCGCAAAGCCAGCAACGCCCAUUGCCAGCACAUCGGGGUCGUCGAUUCCUCCUAUUUAUAUUACUCAUGACGACCUACCAGAUUCUUCUUCGGAGUCACUCAGCAGUUCCGUCUGCACUUUGAACCUUGCGACACCCACUGGAACUCUUCUUACAGACACUUCACUUCCUGUUGUCGUUUCACCUCCCUCAAACUCCAUACAAGAUAUCCUCCCCGUCCCCUCCUUGGAUCGGUCGAGAUUGAGGCCCAAUCCGCCACCCUCCGCCAACUCAAACCGCUGCUCUGUGGACCUGCAAUCCUCUUUCCAGUUACAACUGGAAUCUGCAGAUGCCACUUUUGAUUUACUCAACGACAAAAUCUCUUUCCUUGGCUCAAAAAAUGGCUUGGACUCGUUCUUUGAUGCUAUUGAGGGAGAAGACAGCUUUGACAUGAGUGCCGAGCAAGGGAAGAUGGAGUCGGUCUUGAAAUCCAUGAAGAAUGAGGAGACAGACGGAGCGCCACCGAGGAUAAAGACAUCUGAUGAGGAUCUAAUCACUCGUAAGCCAACGUCACAAGAACGGAGGUGUUUCGAUUCACUGGGAGUCAAACGUGCUAGUUUAUGCCAACAGGACCUGGAGAAGCCUUCGCCUAUUGUCGUUCCCACGAAGCCCUCAGAGCCCCCCUUGUUAUCCACUCCGAGCUCGAAAUGCGAUCUUCCACGGGUCCCUCCGCCCGCUGUCCCUGCUCUCAAGAUCGUGAAACGAGCCAAGGUGUCAGGUCAUUCGAAGUCGAAUUCAACGAGUAGCACCAGCUCUUCUGAGGGGCCUACUUUUGCUUGUGCAGGCGUUGAACUUGUCUCAGCUCGAACGAUACCCUCUGUAUCGAUGACCGGCCGUUUGCCUGUGUCGAGAGGGGUGUCGCCCAGAUCUUCUGGUUUAGUGCCUAGAAACACGACUCUUCGAGCUCCCGCCAGUAGAAAUAACACUGCUCCCUCAGCUCCUUCCGUUCCAGCCGCCAGUGCGCCCAUUGGGAGUGGGGCACGUAGGGUGCUGAUCUCAGACGGGCCUACUUUGCAGCCAAGAAGCAGGAUUGUGGCAAACUCCAUCCAAUCAAAGGAGGGUCCUUUUCGUCUUCAGCGGCCUGCACCUGUUUCGAACAUUCUCACGAAACCACUGGCUGUCGGUGGCCUCAAGCGUCCUGCGAAGUAUGGGAGUUCUGUUGGGACAAUUUCGAAUCUUCCAAAACCUGUCUCGCGGAGUGGAACAUCAAAAUUGCCUACAACCGGUCUUCGCAAUGGCGGCAGCAGUCUUCCUGCUCGGCCUGCAGCGCCGAGCAAGAAACCGAUCGUGACAUUCUCAACAGCAUUCUAUGAUGACCCCGCGUUCUCACCUGAUCCUCGCUCUCAUCCCUACUUCGCUACGGAAUACAAUUGGGAAUCACCUCCUGCGCCAGGCCAUCCAACUUUGAGGGGUCAGCGUCGACGGCGCUCCCCUGGUAUCCAUGACGCCACUGCUGAGACGGAAGUCGAUUCCUUCCAGCUCUUACAGCCACCCAAUUCGCCAACAUCUCCAGACGGCGUCGACGAGCCGCAGUCCACAUCAUACCCACCCCCUUCCUCUACCUCCAACUCCAUCGUUCUUUCUUCCAUACCAACUGCGCCUACCCACACGUCCAUACUGUCAAGAGCGUUUGUGAACUCAAAGGAUCCCACAAGAAAACGUGGUAGUCUCCUAAGCUGGCUAAAAGAGGCUCAGCUUAAUAUGGGUUCCUUAUCCAAUGUUACAAAGCCAUCGCAGAGUCACCCUGAUGUUCCCCCUCCCCCCUAUGAAGCAAACCCAGCGAAAGUUACGAAGCCUGCAAUGCUAACAGCACUGACAAGCGAUCGGCAAUCGGCUCGUUCCCGGCUAGCGACAAUACCUAGCCUUCAGGGUGGAACAAAUCAAGGAGGGCCUGCGCAUAAUUGGAGGCUGCAGGACCUAGAUAGAAUUGAUGAACUUGACCACAGCAACCCACUUGGCAUUGCACUACAUCACGGAGGCCCAUACGAAGCGGUGCGUUCGGCUGUUCAAUCUGGUGUGCAAAUGCCUCUAGGCUUUUCGAACAAUGACCGCGGUCUUCAAACAGUCGGGGAUGUAUAUACGCCCCCCCAGGCACCUGCUGGUGUUCCUUUGAACUUGUCACCUGGUCAAAUUCUUCCUCGGAACUUUAGGCGGCAGCAAGCCAAGCCUCCUCGACUGCGGAGCGGUGAGGCUUUCCUCUCAUCACCAGGACAGUUGGAAGCUUCUCGGAGCGUCCCCCAAGAAUCCGUUAUUCCACCUCGACACCGAGCUCAGCUGUCCGCUACUGGUCAUGCAACUCCCCGUUACCGCAAUCAUCCACCGCGUCGUGCCGUAGAUAGUCCAUUUGAUGGACCAGCAAUCCAGAUCGGUAUGGCCAUGAUGCAACUUUCUGCAUCGCCUCCAAGGCUAAAUGACUAUACCUACAAGCGAGCACAACAUGAAUCGGAGGUUGAUCCGUAUGGCCUUACCCUGGAACCAUUGACAUAUUUACAGCAAGCGUCGGAGAAAGGCGGCUCCUUAACGCCUCAUUGCACAGCCGAGCAAGUUGUUAUGAAUACAGAUCUAUUGACGUCACAGAAGCGUUCCGUCGGUGACGAUGGCAAGCAGGUUCAUUUGCCACAUGUUACUGUUGCUUGGGAAGUCGACGGAGCUUCAGCACAGCGUCAGGAAGGGUGCCUGCCCAAGUCCCCUCCUUCCCCUAUUGACUUUCAGGUCACACAAAAUGCAGCAACUACCCACGAACCUACCGAUCCAAUUUUUUCUUCUCCAACCGACAUGUUCCAACACAAGGGGGGAAGGGCGGAAGAGAAUAGACAAGCGUUCAUUGCCCAAAGCGAGAUUAGCAAUGACAAGGACCCUCCUCCCUAUCCGCCUCAGCCCAAGAACGCAGGCAAAGCAGCACUGCAACAAACGAACGGUGUUGCCAACAAGGAACCCAACUAUUUCAAGCAAACUGGGAAAGUAGUUGACGCUCAAGGUCACCACUGUCCUCUUGACGACGUCGUCCAACAUCAAUUUAUUCGGUACGAAAUUCAUCCUUCUCGGUCCCCUACUGGAAACCAGCAUGGCGACCAAACCGGUUAUGAAGUAGACUUGCGGCGAUAUGAGGUCCCCGAUCGACCGUUGCAAGAUUGCGAACCUACUGAAGGAGAUGAACAACAUAUCGAUUGGAUUAACGCUGAGGACGGCCAAGACAAUCGACAUGCUGCAACUGGCCUGGCUCGCAGCGCGCCCAAGAGCAAGAACCACGACGAAAAUCAUCUGCAAUACCAUUAUCCCUUUACUCUAAAGCGCACAUCAUGGUCGGAUCAAGGCUCCACUGAGGGACAACCUCGACUCCCUCCUAGUGGUGUAGACCAUACCUUGCAAACGGGCACAACUCAACAUAUCAACACUAUGCCCCAAGGGACACAUCAGCCUUUGGGUCAUGCCCACAAAAACCAGCAAAUGAAUUUUUUUCAUCACCACCUCUCUGCACAUACAGAAGUUUAUCGUGGAUCUCAGGUUAAUCUCUCUGGGAACGACCACUCCGCCAAUCCAAUUUCCUAUAAACACAACAGGAACACUCAUGGGACGAGCGUGAACUUUCAUGAUGAUGGGCAAUAUACCAACCUUCAUGCUAGGGAUGGGAGCGCCCGAGAUCAGUCGAGUUAUUCUCAAACAAUCACAAAUCAGCCAAAUUUCUCGCAAGAACGCGGCAAAACAGCUGCCACGUUUUCUUCCAAAGAAACUCGUUAUGCCUACCCCCCUUCAACCGCCAAAUUUACCGCCAACGCCACCGUAUCAAUACCCAUCUUCGUUGCAAACUUACCUUCAUUCUCAGCCGAUUCCUUCACGGUCUCCAUCACCCGUGGGGCCCAUGCCGCCAAUAUUAGAAAAUACCUCUCUGUUACUACAUGA